AUGAAGUUAUUGUUACAGCACAUGGUGCUCUCAGCCAUACUCUUGGUGGGCAAUACUGUGUCUGAAAUGGACGAAGAAUUCGACGAUGAGCAGCUGGACGAUGAUAUUCUCACAGAGCUUUACAAAUUCGGCGACAGACUCUUCCGGGAGCCGGAUAAAAAAGCAGGUGAACGUCUCCAACAGUGGGAUGCUUCGAGUAGAGUUAACCCUGAGGAAGUGGGAACCUACGCUGAGGGCGAUAUCCUUCAUCCUCGCCAAGAUGGCCGGAAUGGACUCCGCGCAGUGACGUCACGAUGGCCUAAUGGAGUAAUCCCUUACGAAAUCAACCCUUAUUUCAGACAGACUGACAGAGCUAUGAUACAGAGUGCAAUGUCUGAUUAUGAGCGGCUGACCUGUUUAAAAUGGGUGCCCCGCUCGAGCUAUGACACUGAUUAUGUUUAUUUCACUAAUGGAAACACCGGGUGCUGGUCAUCUGUCGGUCGAAUUGGAGGACGGCAAGAGGUCAACUUGCAGAGCCCUGGAUGCCUUACAACUCGAGGCACAGUCAUGCAUGAGAUGAUGCAUGCGGCAGGGUUCAUGCAUGAGCAAAACAGGCCUGAAAGAGACAAAUUCGUCCUCAUAAGAUACGAGAACAUCGAAACAGGACGAGAAAACAACUUCGAUAAAGCCUCUACAUCGGCUGUUGACUCGCUUGGCGUAGGUUACGACUACCAGAGUGUCAUGCAUUAUUCGGCAAACGCUUUUUCACGGAACGGACAACCAACUAUUCAGUCUAGAACCCCGGGUGUCCAGAUGGGUCAACGAGAAGGCUUAAGCGACAGAGAUAUUAAGAAAAUAAGGAAAAUGUAUGGAUGUGACGACAACAGUGGCGGAGGUGGAGGCGGAGGUGGAGGCGGAGGCGGUUCUGGCGGAAGUGGAGGUGGAAAUGGCGGCCCGAAACCUACGAAAAAACCAAAAAAGAAAAAACCUAAGAAGAAGAAGCCCCAUUCGGAGGAAGUACUUUGAAUCUCCAACGUUUGAAAAUGACUGUCCUAUUGUACCCUUUAGUUUAAGACUGCUAGAGUUUUAUAGUAUCUUUUUUCUUUCCAACCAACCGUUUCUCGCGUCGAGAUUUAAACAUCAGAAUUCACAAUACGUCUAUGUUUUUUUCCUGUUUAUUUUCUUUUUCGAUUUUGUAGUCUUUAUUUUCCAAUCGAAGAUCGUUGGUAAUUGAACCAGUGAGAACGAAAACAAACCAACUCGGUAACUCAAAAAUGCUCAAUACUCAUCAAAGAGAGUCAGUUUUCAUAAAGGUAAGUGAAGUUAACGCAUCUGUUCCAACUUGGACCUUUAAAGUGUCCCUCAGUACUUGUCUUUCGGCACCGAAAAUCUCUUUCUUGCACUAACUUCUUCAACUACUGAGCAAUUUUGCGUGCGUCUUGAUUAUUUUCAUUUUUUCGAGUUGGUGUGUUUUCGUUCCAACUAAUUCAAUUAUGGACCCGGUCAAGAUCAUUACCCCUCUCUGCUUUCUUUGAUCUGACCCGAUGGCUACGCAAAUGCUACUACGCUGGUUUUAGGCAUAUGUUCGUGCCUACAUAAAAAAGUACUCAUCGUGCGUUAUUCAUGCACUUCCCGCUUUCAGCUCAAUAUUUUAAAUAAUUUUAAUAAUUUUCUAGAGAAUUUGUAAUCGGUUUUUGUUUUCUGAGUGCGAUCUCUUGGCACUUGGAAAUUUUAAAAAUAUUUUCAUGGGCAGCAAAGAGCUCGUGUGCCCAACAAAUUAAUGGAAUUCAACCAAAAGGAAUCUAGUCACGCUAUAACUUAUGACAGAAAAAGGGGUGUAACGUUUUUUUCCUCCAUAAAUAAGGGUAAAAACUUAAUUUUAGGUGCAUAUUUUAAAUACUGCAAACCAUUCCGGGGCUUUAAUUUCAAAGCAAGAGAAUGUAAUGUACUAUUUCAACAAUCAUAACUUACUGAAUUAAUCAUAACUUGUUUUUAUUAGGAGCACGUGUUGGUCCUUUUCUGUUGUAGUCAGUCCAAAAACGUCGCGCAGAAGAUGAUUCCACUUUUUCGUAGCACAUUUUGCGUUCGCAGGAAUUGAAGGAGUUUUUAGCGUGGGUGGGUACUUCCAUAGCAUAGGCCUUGUGUUUGUUUUAUUGGAGGAUAUACAUAAUUAUACUCAUGUUUCUGUAGCAAUUUUUCACUUAUAUGAAUGUGUAAAUUUAUCCAUCACAGUAUCACUGUCAGAUAUUUUUCUCAUUAAAAUUUUUAUACAUAUAGUAGUAC